GGCUCCCGUGCCCCCCACGGCGCGGAGUUCCCCUUCCGCUCCCGUCCGCCGCCGCUCUCCUUGUCCCCGCACCGCCUCCUCUGUCCCCGAGCAGCGCGGUGCCACCCGCCUGCGCCCCGCCGCGGGAGCCGCCCAGGCCCGGCCGCCCCGCGGGCAGCCAUCCUCCGCGGGGGCGGCGGGCGGAGAAGUAAAACCAGGCCCCGGCAGGGACGCGGGGCUGGAAUCGGAACUGCCGCCGCCAGGGCAAGGAGAUGAUAGGUGAAAAUGAAUCUUGUGCUGCAGGACCGAUGCCUAUGUCCUACUUAACCUGCCUGACAUACAUUCUGCGAGAAUGGACUGGUGUGGAGCAUAUUGAAGAUUAUCUGAGUUAUGCAGUCUACCUUUCAUGGGUGCUUUUUCCACUUGUAGCAGUUUUUCUACUACCAGGAGUUCUUGUCAUCCUCUUCUACACUUCCAUUCUCCUUCUUCAUAUUUAUAAAAGGAAAAAUGAACUAAAGGAAGCCUAUUCCAAUGAUUUCUGGGAUGGCGCAAAACUAAUGUUGGCUACCCUAUGGGAUGGACAUGGAAGAAUAUGGCAUGGUUAUGAACUUCAUGGUGCUGAAAAUAUUCCUGAAGGUCCAGGGCUUGUUGUGUUUUAUCAUGGAGCUACUCCUGCUGAUUGUGUCUAUUUCAUAGCUAGACUUCUUAUACAAAAGAAGAGAUACUGCCAUGUAGUAGCUGAUCAUUUCGUCUUUAGAUUACCAGGUUUUAAAAUAUUACUUGAUGCAAUUGGAGUCAUGCAUGGACCAAAAGAAGAAUGUGUCAAUGCUCUGAAGAAGGGCUCUCUGAUAGCCAUUGCCCCAGGUGGAGUUCGGGAAGCACUCUUUAGUGAUGAAAUGUAUACUAUUCUCUGGGGUAAUCGCAAGGGCUUUGCUCAGGUGGCCAUUGAUGCAAAAGUGCCCAUCAUUCCUAUGUUUACACAAAAUGUUCGAGAAGGCGUUAGGACAUUAGGAGGAAUAAAAAUACUUAGGUCACUGUAUGAACGUAUUAGAUUGCCAAUAGUUCCUGUGUACGGUGGGUUUCCAGUCAAGCUUCGCACAUUUAUUGGAAAACCCAUUCCAUAUGAACCAAAUGUAACAGCAGAGGAACUAACUGCAAAGACAAAAGCAACACUCCAAGCUCUAAUAGAGAAACAUCAGCAAUUACCAGGAAAUAUAUUUAGGGCUUUAAUGGAACGAUUUCAAACACAAAAGAAAGAAGAUUAAGGUCUUCUGAAUGAACUACUAUUUAGUUAAAAUAUUCUUAAGGUCAUAUUUGUAACUUAUUAAUUCUUCUAAUAGUAGGUUUUAAAUACUGUCCUAAUGAUACUGCUGUAUAUUUUAAGAUACAAAACACUUUACUUUGCCUUUCCGCCUGCCUGGAAUCAAGCUCAGGAACCCAAACUUCAAAUCAUUCGUAAUGGGGCAAAGUUCAGAAAUUUAGUUUUUGACAAAUACAUUCCUACCUUGAAAGUGUUGGGUUCUGUGUUUUGCUUUCAGUUUGUUUUUUGUUUUUUUUUGACACUGCAGGUCUUUAUGUACACGGUCUCUUGUCUAUUUUGUUGUACUGUACUGUCCUCCCCACCCCACCACCUAUGGUUACUCUUUAACCUGAUUGUUAGUUCUGCUGUAGAGCUAGAUCCUUACUGUCUUGAUCGUCAUCACUGUAACAAGGUUUUGCAGGCCAGAUUAAUGCCGUGCAGCAUUUAUGAAACCUUUCUUUGGGUUGUUACUCCUGUGCUGCUGGGAAACGGUCAGCCUUCUGUGGCAUGUAGAACCUCUAGCUAUGCCUGCAAAACCUACAGUGGAAAGCGUUUAAUUUUACUGGGUGACUUCAGAAGGAGUUUGGAGGAAUGAAAAUUGAUUAGAGAACUGCAGUGAACCAAGGAAGCUUGUUACUGUAUCAUUCCAGUGCUGUGAAUGAGAACCCUCAGCAUAGCUGCUAUUCCAUACCAAGCCAUAUUGGAUAUAUACCUUUGAGUAGAGAGUUAUCCCAUAUACUUCUCAGUGAACCUGCAAACUCUGCUUUGAAAGAAUGAACCAAUCAUUUAAGCUUUAAGAAGUGGAAAUAAGAGUACUAUUUAGUAACAUGAGCUCAUAAAUUUCUAUUUUGAAGGAAAGAAAAGGUUAGUACAAUGUUCCUUUUAAAAGUACUAGUUCUUUUGCAAAACAGAAUAGACAUUUCCAAAUAGCCCUUAGAUCUAGUAUAGGUGUAAACUGUUAAACAUCCAUAUUCUUCAAACACAGUUGUUUAUCUAAGUUAUUAAAUCAGUGUUGAGAGGGAAAUCCUAUAUAUUUCCCUUAACCGAAGAGAAUUGAAUGAACAGGAAAGAAUAUGCACUUACAGUAAAUUAUAUUCUUAUAUUUUUUCUGAACUAAAGCCUGUGCUUUUAUUGUCCAAAUAGGAAAUACCUGAAAUAUUUCUUCUGAUUGCCAGAAAGUUUGAUCUACUGUUCUUAAAGUAACAUCUGGGAACUCUUUAGUUUUGGGAUAAGGAAAAAAUCCUUGAGGAAGGACAAAAGAGGUUUUGUUUUAUUACAUGGUCUCCUUUCAAUGUUGUUGGUGUUUGACAUUUUCUUAAAAGUAAAGCAAAAAAAAAAAUCAAAACCCAAACAAAAAAAGGCAACUUUGGAAAGAGCAGUUGUAUUCAAUUUAGUACCAUUCCUCCCACCAUUUAAUGAUGUGCUUUGCUUUAUACUCUUUUAAAUGCAUAAAUUAGUGAGAGUACAUGUAAGUGAUGCCCUAUGUUAGAAAAAUAUCACUUUAUGGGAAAGAGGCUAUAAAUUAUGGUUAGCAAAGCUCACUUAUUUUAUGAUGUUAUUUUGUAUCAAAAGCAUUUUACGUGGUGUUGAAUUAAAUUGAUCAAAGCUUCUGGGGAAGAAUCGUGUUAUACGAAUGCAAAUGCCUAUUCUGAAUUUUAUACUUCGGUUUUAUUCGAAAGCAAUAUUGUAUUGUUUUUAAUUUAUUGGAAUGUUUUUAAAAAUAAUGAUGUUAACACAGUAUGUCUUUUAAAGUGAUACUGCUAAAUUCCUACACUGGAGUAUAACUUGAGUAUGACUGUUCCUACUGUUCAUCUCAAGGAAGAUGUACAUCAAUCUAUAUUGUAACUUUCUCAAAGGCAGCUGAGCAUAUUUUGUGUAGAGGUUGCAUAUAUGUAAAAGAAAACUCAGUCUAGAAGAUCCUGUCAGACAUGGAUAUUUGUGAUCUGAGAUUUUGUAAAAUUUAUUUUACUAAGUAUGUGGGCUUUUUGAUGUAGUUUUGUCCCUCUUAAGUAGUAAAAUUUAUUUGUACACA